UCCACUGGAAGGUAUUUAGUGGAUGCAGGGUCUCUAAUUGAUCUCUGUGCAACUUGGAGAAACCAGUGGAUGGGAAAUGCAGCGAGGGAGCAAGUUUUUGCUUGGGUGGUGGAGCCUGACCGUGACUGCGGGAGGAUGUGAUGAUAAUAGUCGUAGUGUGUUUCCUCGGAUUGCCUAGUGGGUUUAUUCACUGCUGGUGGAAUUAUAGGUGGGGGAGGGAAACUUUGGGGAUAUAAACCUUUGGCUUGAAAUUUCUCAAAAUGCUUGUCAUUAUAAUGAACAAUUAAGAUAAUACAAUGUUCAAUACAUUGAUGAUUGGAAAUCAAUGACAGCAGAAAGCUGGCCUUAGCAGGAAAAUAAAAAGGAAUUGGAAAGCUGCCAGCAUCUGCAUCCCUCUAUGGCAAAGGAUUUUUGCUCAUCCUGAAGUUAAAAGAAAAAGGGAAUUGCCCAUUUUGUUAAAUGACUCGUUUAACAUUCUGUGUUCAUGAAUUCAGCACUCAAGUUAUCUUAGGAGACUUCUUAGCUCUCAGGUGGGGUACUUCUAGUCAGAGUCCCAUUGAGCUUCUGGAGAUCAGAAGGGAUGGAGAUGAGGCUCCGCAUUGGAAUGAAACUGCAGAAAAAAUUUUGAGAGUCCUGGCAGAUGAAGACAACACAUUGCAACAGAAUAACAGCAGUAAUAUCAGUUACAGCAAUGCAAUGCAGAAAGAAAUCACACUGCCUUCAAGACUCAUCUAUUACAUCAACCAAGACUCGGAAAGCCCUUACCAUGUUCUUGACACAAAAGCAAGACACCAGCAAAAACAUAACAAGGCUGUCCAUCUGGCCCAGGCAAGCUUCCAGAUUGAAGCCUUCGGUUCCAAAUUCAUUCUUGACCUCACACUGAACAAUGGUUUGCUGUCUUCUGAUUAUGUGGAGAUUCACUACGAAAAUGGGAAACCACAGUACUCUAAGGGUGGGGAGCACUGCUACUACCAUGGACACAUCAGAGGCGUCAAGGACUCCAGAGUGGCUCUGUCGACCUGCAACGGACUUCAUGGUAUGUUUGAAGAUAAUACCUUUGUGUAUAUGAUAGAACCACUGGAGCUGACUCAUGAUGAGAAAAGCACAGGUCGACCACAUGUAAUCCAGAAAACCUUGGCAGGACAAUAUUCUAAGCAAAUGAAGAAUCACAGCAUGGAAAGCAGUGACCAUUGGCCUAUUCUACCUGAAUUACAGUGGUUGAGAAGGAGAAGGAAGAGAGCAGUGAAUCCAUCUCGUGGUGUGUUUGAAGAAAUGAAAUAUUUGGAACUUAUGAUUGUUAAUGAUCACAAAACGUAUAAGAAGUGUCGCUCUUCUCAUGCACAUACGAACAACUUUGCAAAGUCUGUGGUCAACCUCGUGGAUUCUAUUUACAAGGAGCAGCUCAAUACCAGGGUUGUCCUGGUGGCUGUAGAGACCUGGAGUGAGAAGGAUCACAUCGACAUCACCACCAACCCUGUGCAGAUGCUCCACGAAUUCUCCAAAUAUCGGCAACGUAUCAAGCAGCAUGCUGAUGCUGUGCAUCUCAUUUCGCGUGUGACAUUCCACUAUAAAAGAAGCAGUCUGAGUUACUUUGGAGGUGUCUGUUCUCACACAAGGGGAGUUGGUGUGAAUGAGUAUGGUCUUCCAAUGGCAGUGGCACAAGUAUUAUCGCAGAGCCUGGCUCAAAACCUUGGAAUCCAAUGGGAACCUUCUAGCAGAAAGCCAAAAUGUGACUGCACAGAAUCCUGGGGUGGCUGCAUCAUGGAGGAAACAGGGGUAUCCCAUUCCAGAAAGUUCUCAAAGUGCAGCAUUUUGGAGUAUAGAGACUUUUUACAGAGAGGGGGCGGAGCCUGUCUUUUCAACAGACCAACAAAGCUGUUUGAGCCCACAGAAUGUGGAAACGGCUAUGUGGAGGCUGGGGAGGAAUGCGAUUGCGGUAUCCAUGUGGAAUGCUACGGACUGUGCUGCAAGAAAUGCUCUCUCUCCAACGGUGCCCAUUGCAGCGACGGGCCCUGCUGUAAUAGUACCUCAUGUCUUUUUCAGCCACGUGGGUAUGAAUGUCGGGAUGCUGUGAAUGGAUGUGAUAUUACCGAAUAUUGUACUGGAGACUCUGGCCAGUGCCCACCAAAUCUUCAUAAGCAAGAUGGUUAUGCAUGCAAUCAAAAUCAGGGCCGCUGCUACAACGGGGAGUGCAAGACGCGGGAUAACCAGUGUCAGUACAUCUGGGGAACAAAGGCUUCAGGGUCUGACAAAUUCUGCUAUGAAAAGCUGAAUACAGAAGGCACAGAGAAAGGCAACUGUGGAAAAGACGGAGAUCGAUGGAUCCAGUGCAGCAAACAUGACGUGUUCUGCGGAUUUUUACUCUGUACCAAUCUCACUCGAGCUCCACGUAUUGGUCAACUUCAGGGUGAGAUCAUCCCAACUUCCUUCUACCACCAAGGCCGGGUGAUUGACUGCAGUGGUGCUCACGUGGUUUUAGAUGAUGAUACAGAUGUGGGCUACGUAGAAGAUGGAACACCAUGUGGCCCAUCUAUGAUGUGUUUAGAUCGGAAGUGCCUACAGAUUCAAGCCCUAAAUAUGAGCAGCUGCCCACUUGAUUCCAAGGGUAAAGUCUGUUCGGGCCAUGGGGUGUGUAGUAAUGAAGCCACCUGCAUCUGUGAUUUCACCUGGGCAGGGACAGACUGCAGUAUCCGGGAUCCAGUUAGGAACCUUCACCCUCCCAAGGACGAAGGACCCAAGGGUCCUAGUGCCACCAAUCUCAUAAUAGGCUCCAUCGCUGGUGCCAUCCUGGUAGCAGCUAUUGUCCUUGGGGGCACAGGAUGGGGAUUUAAAAAUGUCAAGAAGAGGAGGUUCGAUCCUACUCAGCAAGGCCCCAUCUGAAUCAGCCGCACUGGACCAACCGCGUCUUGCACUGUUGGAUUCUGGGUAGGACAUACUUGCAGCAUCGUUGCUGGAACUGUUAAGUCUGUAAACAAAAACACUGGGUGGUUAUGACUACAGAACUAAAGUUGGGGUGACCGGGAUGGGGUAAUAAAAGAAAACUGUCCUUUUUGGAAAUAAUUUCAAAGAACCCGUCCCACCACCUGCCAAUCAUAGGGGGCAAAAGACAAUGUUAUACAAAGAACUAUUUCAGAAUCUUUUUUUUUUUUUUUUCUAACGAAAGGCAGAGGGAACAUCAACAAAAAUUAAGUGCAAUAAAAAAACCAUUAAAAAAUAGCCAAUGAUUUUUUUUCUUUCCUCAGCCUGCUGGCACUUAAUUAUCUUCUAAAUGAUUUGGCAUGAUUUUUUUUUUUCUUUUCCUACCAAUGACACACUCCAGUGGCAUGAAGAUCUAAUUUUUGAAAGGGUAAAAUCUGCAUGGCAUAUAUACAACAAGCAGCUAGCAAGCCAAUCCACAGCAAAACCUGCAACUGAAUUCCUAAGGCGAAGAUGACAGGUGAACCCCCCGGAAGCUGCCUGCCCCCUUCCCCAAGUCUAUACCAGGCCACGAGGAACUCCACACAUCCUUGCUCUUGUUGAUUCACUUUCCUGUUGUCUUUUCUCCUGGACCGAGCAUCCUUUGGAAAUGGGAGCUGGAAUUUGCACACUGAUGCUAUUGUAUAGUUCUUUUAUAACUGUAAAUAUGGAAAUAAGAGAUUUUGACACAUCAUUUUCACUUGUCUGUACUGAAAUGUUUCUCUUAUAAAGGUUCUCUGUAAACUUGAGUUUAUUGUUUGCUCCCCAUCUUUUUGGUUUCUUUUCUCUCUUUCUGUCUUUGUGGUUGUCUUCUCUUGUAACAUGUUAUAUAUACAGUGAUUCUGGGGUUUGCUUAAAAAAGACGUGGCCAUAGAUUCAGGGAGGUUAGGCGCAAAACAGGUGCAAUUUACAAAUGAAAUGCUUGAAUGAAAUGAAAUGCUUGAAACCAAAAAUAAAGGAGUAGGGGGACGCAAAGAACAAAAUAACCCAUAUGAAAAACGUAAAAAUUAUGUCAAUGCAAAUAUAUGUACCGAUAAGUCUCUAAAUUUUUUGGAUGUCAUUUUAAACGUAUGUAUAUAGUGUAAGAAACUAGACACCCUCUCAAAUGACUCACAAAAGUGCCAAGUUCAUGAUUUUAGUUUUUGGUUUUAAUGGUUUUCUUUCUCUGUCUUUAAUGUGAAAGGAGGAUAAACUUAAAGCCUUAAAUUAAAAAAAAAAUAAUUUUUAAAUGUUGAAAGCUUGGGGAAAAAAGUUAGGCUUUGCAUUUCAUUCAUAUCUCUCAUUGUCAAUAUUUCAUUCAUGCCUUCAACAUUCUGCAUCAAAAUAUAUAUGGUAGAUUCCUACUCUCAAGCUGGUAAUGGGGACAGAAACAGCAAUUACUUUCUUGUGAGCAAUGUUAAAAAUAGACUUUAAUUCAGAGUGUUGUGCUUGGUCCACAGCAUGUGGCUGGUCUGUGGAAUGUUGUGCUGAAUUACAAUGGGAUUCUACUAUAUAUAAAUUCCCCUUCUUUUCCCUCCAGGCAGAUUUGCAGAUGUAAUCUGAGUUCCCGAGUCCCUCUGAAUUUAAUUCACUGUCACUGAUUUCUUCUUCACUGAUUAUGGUCAGAAUAGCUCCCAUUCAAGUGUUAAAUAUAUAACUUAAUAAAGAAAGUUGGUCCCAACUUUGAUUUGAAUGUAGAAACAUGUACAUGGUCCCUUCUCCUAAGCAUCCCUCUAGAGGCCCCCAAAGAGCCCGUGCUUCUCUCAAGUCCUGUUUUUAGAAACGGGAUAUCCAGCUGUACUCUUCACCUCUUUGUGACAACCAAAUCAGUUGCUAGAUUGAGUUUUAAAUUCCUUUUCAGUGAGAUACCUGUCACUAGUCACACCACUUUUGCUUUGACUUUGCAAAGGAUUCCGUCUUAAAAGUGUACUGCUGCAAACAGUGGGGUUUCCCCCAAGUUAUCUUUCAUUGUGAAAAAGUGUCUUUCAUAGAGCAGAAACUUUAACUUCUGUAGGCUACAGUAGACCAUAACUUCACCUCUUCAUCCUGUUAUUGCUUUCUGAGUCCUAGGUGCUACACAGGUAGGCAGUCUUUCUCUAGAAUUAGCUCUAUGUUUAUAUUGUAGUAACAGGGCUGCCUCCAAGGUUUAUCAGCCAUACCCUUGUCUUCCUAAGACACAGGUUGUACCCCUCUACCAAGCAGCAAUGGCUCUUAGAGGAAGCUCGGAGGAAACUCAGAUUACUCAGCAUCUCUUCCUGCCAUAAACGUUCUUUAUGUUUCUACAUUGCUGGGUCCUGUUCCUGGUGGAUACUUGGCUGCUGCUAAGUCCGCCAUACCCAUUUCACUGCUGUUCCAGAGGCACCAUGGUGACUUAAUAGAUAAAAAUCCAUUGUAGUACAAACAAGUUAAAUCUGUUGUUAACUUUUGAGCAUUUCACAAACGACAUUGUAAACGUGCGAUGUUAUGUUUUAAAUCAGACCACAGUGGUCCCCAAAUAUUAUGUACAUAAUGGCAAAUGUCAGUGUAACUUUUUGUUACACUGGCAGUUUCAUAGGUAACCAAACCUAUGCUCCAAUGUUAAAUUAUUUGUGUGUAUAUGUAAAAUACACAAGCUUUAAGCUAUAUGUGUAUGACUGUGAAAGAUAAUGCAACCAUACCAGUUGUGACCAGUGGAUUAUAGUUAUCUUUGGUGGUGUUAGGUUAUGUAGUUUCAAACUCUGCUGUAUUUUCUCUCGGCACAUGCCAUUCCUUUGCUGACCUUUUUUUGUCGUGUGACGAUGCCAUUGUAAUCAUUUGAGCUCAAAGCACAAGCAUAUCACCGUUUAAUGUUACCCACCGAGAGUUCGUGUUAAGUGAUGACAAGUUCCCAUUUCACCCGCCUUGUUUUUGCUGCAUUAAUCAACGCCACCUGGAUGAGGAGAUGUGCACUGACUCCAUUGCUUCCUCUGGGAUACUGCAUGAGCCCACCAAAUUAGAGCUACUCUUAAUAGAUAAACGAGCAGUACACAUAGGUGCAUGUUAUGAAACAUGAAUCCCAUAGAGCUGUGGAAUUUUGCCAAGUGGUAAGAGUGUGUUUUUUUUUGUUUCUGUUUCCUUCUCUCUUUCUUUUUUUCUUUUUUUUUUUCUUUCACUAUGCAAAGAUGGGAAAUGCACAGACUUUUCAAAGACCACUGUCUGAAGAACUUUACAAACAGUACUUGAACCCUUUCUUUAAAGUCAUCCCAUCGUAUUUGAUAACCGUUGUUGCCCCCGUGGUUAAUUUUAACUUUAAAUUGUUUCCAGUUUUUUUGAGUGAGCAACCUGUGGUUUUGUUGGAAGUUAAUAAAUUCAUUCGUAUCUUGUUGGCUGUCUAUGGAUGGAGAUUCAGUAGUCGUUGUAUGCAAUCUUUAGUCAAGUGUAUAUUAAAACUUUUGUUAACAUUGAAUGUUGUAGCUUUAUACUUGGGUCAGUUUUCUUAAACCCUUUUUCUGUGUUCUCUUGUAUUGUUGAUUAAAUGGCCAUGCGCCUGCUAUCAUGGAGAGUUUUAGCACCAGUCUCUCAAACAAAGGCUCACUGAAAAGUUCAUCAGCCAAUGGAGCAAAAAUAAAAUCUCUGGUUAAUGAUAAA